CGAGUAGUUGAUGUUGAUGGAAUUGAAUCUUCUCCCACACAAACGGGGUUAAAAGCAAAAGAAGUUAACAGAAAGGUCCACUCUCUCACCCCAUGGAGUAGCCUUGUAACAGUUGAACUCCACACUACACUCCAAUGAGAAAGCCCACCUCGGCACCUCCUUUCAUCAAAUUAUUACUCUUAUAAUCAAACCUUCAAAAACCCCUUAAUAUUCUCUUCACUAAAGUCUGUAUAUGAUCAAAUCAUUUCUUCUUCUUUCUUAGCUUUUAUUUUUCUCUUAAAAAAUGGAUCUUGAAGAGUGGGAUCUUCUCUCUGAUGAAGGAUUAAUUGAUCUUCAUGAAGAUGGUGGGAAUAACCUCUUCUCCCCUAAAUCAAUUCCAAAUACUACAACUUUAAUUGAUAUGAACUAUUUUCAGAAGAUUUCUGAUCCAAUUCCUGUGCCAAUUCAGUUUGAUCAAAAGAUUGAAAAAAUCCCAGAAAAGUUACCAAUUGAAACACCAAAAUCUGAUGUUCAGCAGAUCAAAGAAGCUGAUCAUCAGGAAAGUGUUUCCAAAGUUUUCUUCAAAAAAUUGAAGGAAAAUGAAUUUGUCGACAUGAAAAUGGACUCACCCAAGUCUUUAAACAAGGGAAUUUUGCCUCAAAUUGAUGUGGGUACUUACAAAUUUGAGGAAAAAGAAAAGGAAACAGAGCAAAAACAAGAAUUACCCAUCAACAAAGAAGAGAAGCUCUCAAAGAAUUCAAUCAUGGAGGAAGUUUCUGGAAAUUGGGAUGAUGAUCAUAACAAUGAAGGUUUGAAUGUUUGGAAAUGGGCAAUGACUGGAAUUGGUGCUCUUUUCUCCUUUGGUUUUGCUGCUGCUACUGUUUCUCUUAUUGUUUUAGGUAACCGUCAUAAGGAAAAUUGCAACGAUCCGAAGAAGAAAGAGCUUCACUUCCAACUUUAUACACAUGAGAAGAGAUUGAAGCAAGCAGUGCGCCGUGCCACAAAGCUAAACGAAGCCAUUACUGUAAUGAGGGGUGCUCCCGUAACUCGGGCUCAUAUUACCAUUGGAGGUUAUCAUGAAGGUCUUUAAAGGGUUCCUCCGCAAGACCCUGUUAUGUUGUGUGUUUCUGGAAUCAGACAGUAAAUAGUAUUUUGCUUAUAUUUAGUACUCUUUCAGCUUGAUCCGAUCCAAUUAUAUUUUCUAUAAAGGAUCUUUCUGAUGUACAUAAAAUCUAAAUUCUGUUUGAAGUACUAUAUCAUAUAGAUUCUGAAUCUUUCUUGUAAUGUAACAUUAGAUUCAUUGUGGAUUUAUUAUACAGCCAUGUCGGAGUCGGACACCCGACUAAAGUAGCAAGUAGGUACCAGAAGUUGAAGGGAACGUGGUCCAUACUCCAUAAUAUUGCAUGACAUUAUUGUGCUUAUUUUCUAUUCAUACAGAAAUAUUGUUCAUAAAUAAAUUUUACUUGUGUUUUGGAAUUAGCUAUGAUUCAAUCUUCACGGUUGUUGGUUCGCUGAGAUUGAUUGUGACUUCUCUUCAUCUUUCUUGUUUAAUCUAUAGAUAUUUUGUUUGUCGAGUUA